CUUUGUUUACCAGGUUAUGCGGCCUAUUUCAUUGCAGCUUGUGUGCUGAACUUUAAUCGUGCUGUGGCACUGGUGGUUAUAACAUGCGUUGUUCUUUUCUUUCUCGCUUAUGAUCUUGUGGUGAAGUUAUAUGGCAACAUAAUCAAAAAUUUUCUAAAACCACUUGGAAGAUUCUUCGGAAAAUACAAAAAAUGGAUUAAGUGGGCAUUUGCUGCAUUGGUUCUUAUCGGUCUCAUUCUUUGGUUAGCACUGGACACAGCUAAAAAGCCAGCACAUCUUAUAUCAUUCGGUGGUGUCUGCAUGUUUGUUGUUUUUCUGUUUCUUGUGUCCAAGCACCACCGUGCCGUGCGUUGGCGAGCGGUGUCUUGGGGGCUGGGACUUGAAUUUGUUUUGGGUAUCUUUAUCAUUCGCACUGAUCCAGGGUACCAGGCCUUCAAGUUUCUUGGUGAACAAAUUCAGAUUUUUCUGAAUUACACAACAGCUGGGUCAGGAUUCGUUUUUGGAGAAACACUGAUAAAAGAAGUUUUCGCUUUUCAGGCCCUCCCUAUUGUGGUCUUUUUUAGCUGUGUCAUGUCUAUCCUAUACUAUACUGGUAUAAUGCAGUAUGUCAUUCUUAAGAUUUCUUGGCUCAUGCAAGUUACAAUGGGAACAACAGCCACAGAAACGCUGAGUGUAGCUGGCAAUAUCUUUGUUGGGCAGACUGAGGCACCAUUGCUGAUCCGUCCCUAUUUGCCAGAUAUGACCAAGUCUGAAAUCCAUGCUGUAAUGACUGGGGGCUUUGGGACCAUUGCUGGAAGUGUAAUGGGUGCAUAUAUUUCCUUUGGGAUUGACCCAUCCUCACUAAUUGCUGCCUCUGUCAUGGCUGCACCUUGUGCUCUGGCUCUCGCCAAAUUGGUAUAUCCUGAAAUUGAAGAAUCCAAGUUUAAAGAUGAAGAAGGUGUCAAGAUAGAAAAAGGGGAAGAAAGAACUAUACUAGAAGCUGCCAGUAAUGGGGCAUCUGCCUCUGUGGGACUGGUUGCCAAUAUUGCUGCUAAUCUGAUUGCAUUUAUGGCCUUGCUUUCAUUUAUCAACGCUGCUUUCUCCUGGAUUGGAGGAAUGGUGGACUAUCCUAAACUUACUCUACAGCUGAUUCUGUCCUACAUAUUCAUGCCUGUGGCCUUCAUGAUGGGAGUACGGUGGGAUGAGGCUGGACCAGUUGGUGAGAUGCUGGGAACAAAGAUCAUUCUGAAUGAGUUUGUGGCAUAUAGACAACUGGCUGAUUACAAAGCUAAACGGCUUGAAGGUGCAGAUGAAUGGUUAGAUGGAUCCAGACAGUGGAUAACAGAGAGAGCGGAGGUCAUCACUACCUUUGCCCUAUGUGGAUUUGCUAAUAUUAGCUCCAUUGGCAUCAUGCUAGGAGGAUUAUCUUCCAUGGCACCUCAACGGAAAAGCGAUCUAUCCAAGGUUGUGGUGAGGGCUCUGAUGACUGGAGCUUGUGUCUCAUUUGUCAAUGCUUGUAUUGCAGGUAGGUCUUCUGAUGAUGGAGGAAGGUUUUGUGAUAUAUAG